CUGAGACCUGCCUUCAAUAACGAGGCGGGAACUGUCACGGCUGGCAAUGCGUCAGGACUGAACGAUGGGGCAGCAGCGGUGGUGCUGAUGACACGCGCACAGGCGCACGAAAGUGGCCUCACACCACUCUGUAGAGUAGUAAGUCACGCGCAGAAUCAAGAUCUGAGUAUCCGCAUCACAUCAUACAUGUAUAACUUAUUACAUCUACAUUCACCUGCUGAACGCGUUGUACUGGUACGUGUUAUGCCACACGGUUAUCUACCUACAUACAUCACUCCCGCACAGAAUUAUGACCUGAGUAUCAGCAUCCCACCAUGCAUGUAUAACUCAUUAACAGGAGUCUAUCAUCUCUCGUCUGUUAAAUGUGUUAGAAUUAAGUACCCAGUGAGUACACAUGGACAGAGUAGUAUUGGUCACCUAUCACAACCAGUCUUCCACAGUACAAGACAGUUCGGUAUCGAUCCCGCGGUCAGGGACUGCGGCCCUAUCCUCAAAGCCAAGAAUACAAUGACAAACGUCUAUUAA